UCCUUUGCUGUUGUCGGUUGUGUUCGCGCUCCAAACUGAACCAAGGGCCUCGAUAUCCUCGACAUCCUCGGAGCCAUUGCCUCGUGCACACACCUGUGCGCUAUCUUCCUUGACUGGCGAGUAACGUCCUGGCAAACGAUUGGCCAUAAUAUCGCUCAUCAAAACGACUUGGGCAGAAUGUCCUUUCCUUUGAGUGUCCUUUCCGUUGGCAUUAGUGUAACAUUUGCUCUGACUACCAGCUGCAACUAAGUUGGCACAACCCAGUCAUGACACUUCUACAGAGACUCCAGGCCAUGACGGCCACCACGGCCAGGACGUUGCUGGAAGGACAGGGGACACGGGAGCCCCGUUUGCAUCUACAGCCCCUGGGAAGGCAACUGCCAGUCCUGGAGGCAUCUGCAUCCCAUGCCCGAUAUCUGAAUCUCAUUGCCGACGGACUCAUCGACGAGGGGGGACUAGUGAGCAGUGGAACGGGCAUCGGCACCAGCACAGUGUCCGUCGAAGAUGUUGUAUCCGGAACGGCGCAGGAUGCAGGAUUCGAGGCGAGCGCAGCCGCCGCCUCCGUCGACGGCGAGGAUGCCGAGGGCAGCACACAUCUAGCAUUAGUCUUCGUCAAGUGUUUCGUUAUUGGUUUCAUCAUACUGGCCGCCAUCCUGGGUAACAUGCUGGUGAUUGUGUCUGUUAUGCGCCACCGGAAAUUGCGCAUCAUUACCAACUACUUUGUGGUCUCACUGGCCGUGGCCGACAUGCUGGUGGCCCUCUGUGCGAUGACAUUUAAUGCUUCCGUCAUGAUCUCCGGCAAGUGGAUGUUCGGCUCGGUGAUGUGCGACAUGUGGAACAGCUUCGAUGUGUACUUCUCCACGGCCAGCAUCAUGCACCUCUGUUGCAUAUCCGUCGACAGAUACUACGCCAUUGUCCAGCCGCUGGACUAUCCCUUGAUCAUGACCCAGAGGCGGGUGUUCAUCAUGCUCCUAAUGGUCUGGCUUUCGCCGGCCCUGCUCUCCUUCCUGCCCAUCUGCACGGGCUGGUACACAACUGCCGAGAACUACAAGUAUCUCAAAUCGAAUCCGCACAUAUGCGAGUUCAAAGUGAACAAGGCCUACGCCAUAGUGAGUUCGUCAAUGAGUUUCUGGAUACCCGGCAUCGUGAUGCUUUCAAUGUACUAUCGCAUUUACCAGGAGGCCGACCGUCAGGAGCGCCUCGUCUACAGAUCCAAGGUGGCCGCUCUGCUGCUGGAGAAGCAUCUGCAGAUUAGCCAAAUUCCCAAGCCGCGCCCAAGCAUCCAGGUGGAACAGUCGACCAUUACGACGAUGAGGCGGGAGAGGAAGGCCGCCCGCACCCUGGGCAUCAUAAUGAGCGCCUUCCUCAUCUGCUGGCUGCCGUUCUUCCUCUGGUAUAUUGUAUCCUCCUUGUGCGAUAGUUGCAUCACUCCUCGCCUCCUGGUCGGCAUAUUAUUUUGGAUCGGUUACUUCAACUCGGCCCUGAACCCCAUUAUUUAUGCAUACUUCAAUCGCGAUUUCAGGGCGGCCUUCAAAAAGACCCUCAAGAGCUUGUGCCCCUUCCUCUUCCGAUACUGCCGCCGCGGAGGGGGGCGGGACGACCUAGACCGCGACCUGGAGUUCGGCGGUCCCAGCCGUCGGGGAACUAACGGCGCCAGGGCCGGAUCCGGCUCCGCCGACAUGGCCAACUGUGUCAACUCCACUGCCUCCUCGGAGAUCCAUAUGAGCGUGAUGAGAGCCCGCCAGUACGCCGUCAACGUCACGCCCGCCACCACCGACGCCCACAUGCAGCAAUUGCAUCCGCUCUACACCAAUUAAUCGCACACCACGGCGGAUACUUGAUUUCAGGCAUGUCGGCCUGCUCAUGAAGUGUAGGCUGAGUUAAGAAUUAAAUUCCUUGAAUAAAUUGCCAGCUUAAAAUGAAAACCGGUCAAAGGGCAAGAAUUUAACCACAAAACAAAUAGCUAAUGCAGAAAUAAAAAUCAACAAAGAAUACGACAAUCCCACAGAUUAAAACGAAAGCCUUCAAGAACAGAAAAUUGACGUGCAAAAUGAAUUGAAAUACAAAUAGAAAUAAACAUAUUUCACCAUAAAUAUUUACAAAGUUCAGUGAGGAAAAACUCAUGCAUACAAUAUAUAAUCGAUUGACAUUUAGAGAGAUGUUUAUGAAUGCGAAAGCAGAAAUAUAAUAUUGAAUGUUUGAUAUACGUAUGUAUAAAGCUAGAUGUUGUCCUAUAGAAUAUACACCAAUAAUCGCAAGCGAAUAGUUCACUUUUCUUGUUUGAGUUUCAAUGGAUUUUUCGAAUGGGUUUCUUGAGAAAAUGUUUGUCUAUUGAAAGGUUUGAAUUAAUAGUCAGGUGUUAUAGCUAUAUAGUCAUGUAUUGUAAGUCAUGUGUGUGUAGAGCCUAAAAAGAGCACGUCUAACAUAUCCAUUGGGUCUAAUUAGCUACAAAGAUUGGCAGCUAAAUGUUCCUGACUUAGAGUCUCUCCCUUCCACUAAAAUCUAUACUAUAUUAAAUACCUGCAACUGUCGAUACAAUUUCGCAACUAGAUGCAACUGACAUUCAUAGAACUGUUUUUGUAAGCCCGUGCUACUAAUCCCUUAUACUAAUUUUUUUGCCUGGACAAUCUUUACGAAGCACAAUAAACUAACUAAGCUCCCCAGUUUCCGAGCCCGUUCUGUUGACUUUCGCUUUCGACUUGAUAGCAAAAUAAAAUGAAAAUGAAAACAGCACUUGCGAAUUUGUUGAAUAAGAUAUAUACAUUUAAUGGAGAAAUUAUCAGCAGUCGGAAUCGCAACUGUAACUGCCACGCCCCGCGCCGAAUUUGUCACCGCCCUCGCCCCCAUAAAUCAAAGGGAGUUCAGAGUGUGUUUGUUUAGCGAAAGCCCAAGCUGGCGGACAAUGUUUGCCCAGAAAUAUAUCAAAUCGUUGCAAAUAUAUAUGUUUACGGUGUCUGUACGUAGCUGACUUUUUCUUACGAUUCAUAGUCAUUAUUUAAAGCGCCGGCUUAAGAGCUCACCGCCGCCGACAAAUGAGC